GUGGGCGAACAAGGUGAGGUGAAAAUUUUUAUGCUGCCUGGCCUGCUUCGAUGAGGUGAGCCGAGGAUGAGCAGAAUCAGAGUCCCGUUCGAACUGAUUGAAAGUGAGCUAGUGUCAGUCAGUGAAUGUCCCGUUCGUUUCGAAGGGAGUUUUGUGAAGGUUUUCUUCCAAUCAAAGCAAGCCGUGGAAAAACAUUUAAUCUUAUCAACAAAAUUCGUGUCCAUUAUGGGUGAAACCCAUUUCAGUGAUUCGUUUCAUUGAAUGAGUGUCCAUAGGUUGCUGCGAUCAUUCUUCAUUGAUGGUGAAAAAGCGAGUUGUAUGACAUUGAUUGGAUUCGAAGUGUGUACCUAUGCGGAGAAAAAAAAGUGAUGUGAAGCUAUUCUAAACGCGAAGCGGGGGAGGAAAGAUUUGUUGGUGGCAGAGUCCAUUCAUACAAAUAAUAAUUUAAAUAACAAUAGACUGAGCGAGUGAGUGAGAAACAAAUUCGCGCUGUGGUGUGAUUCGGUCAACACUGGUCAGAUAUUCAUGGCUUGCUGCAUUUUCAUUCCAUUCACUAUUAUCUCCAUAGUGACGAUGAUACCGUACUGAUGGAACGCAAGUGGAACUAAUCUUUCUGAAUAGAAUAAUUUCGUGGCCAACUUUGAUGUCGAGUGCGAAAUAAGCUGUGGCGGGAAACGCGCUUCUGCAUCGAUUAUGGUGUUGAACACAGUGAAUCGAACGAGUUGGUUUGCUACUACGGGAAAUCCACUAUUCUGGCUUCACUCUCGGUCAGAAUAACACAAAUAAUAGUCUCUAAUCUCUGUUUGCACAAUCAAAAAUACACGCGGCGAUAGAACACGUCACCCUUUGGAAACACUGCUUGCUGCUGUGUAGAAUAGGCAUACGAUAUGGAACUAAAUCGCAUUAGGAAUUAAGCUGGACCUGGAUCCUAUCUUGCGAAGCAGAUUACAUAGCGAAAAACAAGAAACUACGAAGAAGGAAACAGCAAAGCCAACUUCGAUCUAUACUUUCCAUUGCCUACUGCGAUACUUACAGCUGCAAAGCCAUGAUUCUACGGCAGCUGAUGGGACUGAACACCUGGGUUCGAGUCCUGAUUGGCUUCAUUUCCGUUUGGGUGAUAUUGGUCCUGGUGUUCUACUCGAAGCUCAAUACCGGAAGCUCUAGCGACAGCGAUGACGCCAUCCGUCGACUGAACCAGGCCCUAACAUACCUCGAAAAGUCCAAACAGGUCGACCAGGAGUUGCGUGGCCUGAUAGACGAAUACCUCAGCGAUCAGUCGUACAACCGGAAACAGAAGUUCGUUGAUGAGCUGGGCAACAAGCUCCAAAUCCAGGGCGCCGGUGCCGGCCGGUUCAAGGGUGUCCCCUCGCUCGAAUACGAACAGCUGCGCCGCCGAGUUUACAGCAAUGCCCAAGAGCUGUGGAAUCUGUUACAUUCCGAAACGGCCAAACUGGCCAAAACCGCACGUCGCAAUACCCCGGAAAUCUACGCUCCGGCGGAGAACUUCCUGGCCCUGGCAGCCGAACACAAGCGUUCCCUCCUAAACGACAUCAACCAGAUGCGGGCCAGCGAUGGGUACGAGUUCUGGCGCUACAAGGAGUCCAAAGAUCUCAGCGAUCUGGUCCAGAAGCGGCUGACUCACCUGCAGAACCCCGAGGACUGCAACUCGGCCCGGAAGCUAAUCUGCCGCCUGAACAAAGGCUGCGGCUAUGGAUGCCAACUCCACCACGUGGUCUACUGCUUCAUCAUGGCCUACGCCACCGAGCGAACUCUGGUCUUGAAAUCGAAAGGCUGGCGCUACCACAAAGCCGGCUGGGAAGAAGUGUUCCAGCCCAUCUCCGAUACCUGCCUGAGUGCGGACGGGGCCACGCAUGCCAGCUGGCCUGGAACACCGGAAACGCAAGUCCUAACCGUGCCUAUCAUAGACUCGCUAAACCCGCGGCCGCCCUAUCUGCCGUUGGCCAUUCCGGCCGAUUUGGCACCGCGGUUGAUCAAGCUGCACGGCGAUCCCAUCGUGUGGUGGAUCGGACAGUUUCUGAAGUACCUGCUCAAGCCGACCGGCGAAACGCGGCAGAUGCUCGAGAACGGAAUCGAGAAGCUGGGCUUCAAGAAGCCGAUCGUUGGGGUCCACGUGAGGCGCACCGAUAAGGUUGGGACGGAAGCGGCAUUCCACGGAAUUGAGGAGUACAUGCAAGCGGUCGACGACUACUACGACCAGGUGGAAAUGGUGGAAGCCAUCGACAAGCGUCGAGUUUUUAUCGCAAGUGACGAUCCGAAGGUGAUUGACGAAGCCAAAACCAAGUAUCCGCACUAUGAGGUCAUCGGUGACCCGGACGUGGCGAAGGUGGCUGCCGUAUCCACCCGCUACACCGAUUCCUCCCUGAACGGCAUCAUCCUGGACAUCCAUCUGCUCUCGCUGAGCGACUAUCUUGUGUGCACGUUCAGCUCGCAGGUUUGCCGGGUGGCCUACGAGAUCAUGCAGACCAUGUAUCCGGACGCCUCGAACCGUUUCAAAUCGCUGGACGACAUUUACUACUACGGUGGCCAAAAUGCGCACAACCGGGAGGUGGUGCUGCCCCAUAACCCUAAAAAUCACGACGAGAUCCACAUGCGCAAGGGAGACCUCAUCGGCGUGGCGGGUAACCACUGGAAUGGGUACUCCAAGGGUAAGAACGUGCGAACUGGUCAGGUGGGUCUGUUCCCAUCGUUUAAGGUUAACGAUAAAAUCGAAGUCGUGGAACUGCCCACGUACCCCAACGUGAAGUAAGGAACGGGCGCAGUCAAAACGGUAACGUGAAUUGAUUUUUUCUAUGUGAUAGAUCGUGUGUUAGCAGCGGAGGGGAACCUGGUGUAAAAUGAUUACAUAUUUUGAAGUUUAAGCUAAGAACCCGUCGAAAGAGAGAUGAUUACCUAAAUAGAACAAAUUCUACCGAACAUUGAACAUUUCAGAACAAAAAUCCUUUAGAUUUACUAAUUUAUUUGUGUAAGUCAAAUGAUAGAGAGAGAAAGAAGUACCGAUGUCAAAUCAAGAUGUGCAAAAUAAGAAACACACGAAACUGUAAACGACCUACCAACCAAGUAAGAAACAUUAAUUUAUACAAAACUGAAAACUGACAGAACGAGCAGUAAGCAAUUAUGUAAUAUAAACUGAAAUGAAA